UGCUUCGGUCUCACCUCUCUAUUAGUAAGAUUAAUUCUGUGCGAGGAUGAAUGGCACGGAGGGACAAAACUUUUACAUCCCGAUGUCCAAUAGGACAGGGCUCGUGCGGAGCCCAUUCGAGUACACACAGUAUUAUUUGGCUGAACCGUGGCAAUUCAAACUACUGGCAGUUUAUAUGUUUUUUCUCAUCUGUUUAGGCUUACCUAUCAACGGUUUGACGUUGUUUGUCACAUUUCAGCACAAAAAGCUCAGGCAGCCCUUAAACUUUAUUUUGGUUAAUCUUGCUGUGGCUGGAAUGAUAAUGGUCUGCUUUGGAUUUACUAUCACGAUUUCCUCGGCUGUUAAUGGUUACUUUGUGUUUGGCCCUAUGGGAUGCGCUAUCGAGGGCUUCAUGGCCACGCUUGGGGGUCAAGUUGCUCUUUGGUCACUGGUGGUGCUCGCAAUUGAAAGGUAUAUUGUUGUCUGCAAGCCCAUGGGUAGCUUCAAAUUUACAUCUUCACAUGCUUUGGGAGGCAUUGCCUUUACUUGGAUCAUGGCAGCUAGCUGCGCUGUUCCCCCACUUGUUGGAUGGUCCAGGUAUAUUCCUGAGGGAAUACAGUGCUCAUGUGGACCGGAUUAUUACACAUUAAACCCCGAAUACAGCAAUGAAUCAUAUGUUAUAUACAUGUUUGUCUGCCAUUUCUUUGUCCCGGUCACUAUAAUAUUCUUCACGUAUGGAAAUCUAGUUUGCACCGUAAAAGCGGCUGCAGCUCAACAGCAAGACUCGGCAUCCACUCAAAAGGCAGAGAAAGAAGUGACACGUAUGGUCGUCCUGAUGGUUUUGGGUUUCUUGGUGGCGUGGACUCCUUAUGCUAGUGUGGCAGCUUGGAUUUUCUUUAAUAAGGGAGCGGCUUUCAGUGCCCAGUUCAUGGCGGUCCCUGCAUUUUUCUCGAAAAGCUCCUCAAUAUUCAACCCAAUCAUCUAUGUGCUGCUAAACAAACAGUUCAGGAGCUGCAUGCUGACAACCCUUUUCUGUGGCAAGAACCUGCUUGGUGAUAAUGAGUCCUCAUCUGUUUCAACAAGCAAAACAGAGGUGUCCUCAGUUUCGCCAGCAUGACCCAAAAAUUGCCUACAUACCCGGCUCUAUAGCAUACUUCUGCAGAAUGUUCUGAAUUUUCACUUAUUUCUAUGCUGAAUUUUUCAAUAACGCACAUACGUAUUUUUUUAUCCACAUUUAUUUUUCAAUAUUCGUUCUGUUUGCACAUUGUAAUCUAAGUGUACAGGAAACUCACGGGUUCACUGAAACAACCAACAGGAUUAUAAGAUAAUGACAUUGACUUCUCAGUGAGCAAAACACAACAAGAUGAAGAUAAGAGGAAGAUCUGCUUAAGCCGAUCUGUAAAGGUGCUCACCUCACUGUGGUACUGAACACUAAACUGGCUUCUCUGGCUUAAGAAAUAAUGUGUUUAAAGCAAUUGCUGCUUGUCUUAUAAAUGGUGAUGAAUGUUCAGACACUGAAAUCAAGCUAUGAGUCAUUUUCUGUAUAUACUUUGUAUAUAAUAAAAAUGUGGAGAGGCAAAUAG